AAGCAGAGUAUACUAAAUCCACCCCUUCGAAAAAAGAAGAAAUGGAUAAAGCUAAGUUUGUGAUGCUGUUUUUGGUUAGCUUAGUAGGAGCAACAAUGGGCGAGCAAUGCGGUCGGCAAGCUGGUGGGGCCUUAUGCCCUAACAACUUAUGUUGCAGUCAAUAUGGAUGGUGUGGGAACACCGAUGAUUACUGUUCACCGGCAAAAAAUUGCCAGAGCAAUUGCAGAAGUGGCCCUCCUCCCCCUACAGGAGAAGGAGCGACUGUGAGAUCUACUUACCAUUUCUAUAAUCCAGAGCAAAAUGGAUGGGAUUUGAUGGCAGUGAGUGCCUAUUGCUCUACAUGGGAUGCUAACAAGCCAUAUUCAUGGAGGAGUAAGUAUGGUUGGACUGCCUUUUGUGGCCCCGUUGGUCCUUCUUUCCCGGCUGCUUGUGGGAGGUGCUUGAGGGUAAGAAACACAAGGACUGGAGCUCAAGAAAUAGUGAGGAUUGUAGACAGAUGCAGCAAUGGAGGGUUAGAUUUGGAUGUGGGAGUUUUCAACCGAUUGGACACUGAUGGAGUAGGUCAUGCUCAAGGCCACCUUACUAUUAGAUAUGAUUUUGUUGAUUGCGGCAAUGGCUUCAAUCCUUUACUUGCUUCAGUUAUUGAUAGUUAGCAAUAAAACAGUUCUUGCUGUUGAAUUAUGUGCUACAAAUGCCGAAUAAUGUGAGAGCAUAUGCUGCUGUUAAUUUUGAUGGCUGUCUUAAUAAAAUUUCUGGUGUUAAUUGUUUGUUCUAA